AAACCGAAGGCGCGUCCCGUGGGGCGAAGCAGCCUCUACCCCGCCAGGGCAGCCGGCGGCGGCCCGUUCGUUACUUCGAACCCGGCGCGGGGCGGGGGCGAGGGCGAGGCAAGCGCCCCGCGCAGGGAAGCGGCUCCUUUUCUCCCUCCCUAGAGUCGCCAUGGCUGUGUCCACCCAGGACUCGUCCGUCCUAGAGCGGCGAAGCAGUUUCGGUGAGUAGUAAUGGCUGCUGGGGCGGAAAGCGCCACUGUCGGGGAGAGGGCCGAACUAGGCCUCUGGUCGCUGGCUCAGCGCCUUGGCUGCUGGUGUCUCCCUACAUUGCCUCUAGUCAGGGCCACAGCCCGCCCAGUCUUUAGCUUCAGGGCGACAGUGCCAUUCCCACUACUUCCUAUUCCCUGCCGAAUGAUAAUACAGUACUUAUUCUUCUUAUGAUGGAAGGCUUGGAAGAGGGAGGAGGAGACGCCUCCCAAGCUAGGCCUGAGGACCCGGAGUAAAAAGAAAAAUAAACCAGAAAUGCCGCUGCUGUUCAAACGUAGAUACCACUUCGACGACGCCAACCCCCCACCCCAAACUAUUUCCCCCCAGUCCCAUUGCUGGCAACGUGGCUUGACAAGGUGUCCGCAUAUCCUCCAUCCCCACACAAUCAAAUUCAUACAUUUUGUAUGAGGAGCUUAAGGAAACAAGUACGUAGAGACUAGUUGGAUUACACCAAAUGGCAUUUGGUUCCUAGCAGGAAUAGCCAGGCAGAUGCUACUGGCAAUUCAGAAGCAGGGCAUGCAGGCGCUCCUGUUUAACUCAGUGAGGCUUUCUCCUGGGAAAGUGCAGCUAGGCUUGCCAUGCAUUUUAAAGUACAUGAUUCCCCUCAAAUAAUUCUGGGAACUGUAGUUUGUUAAGGGUGCUAGGCACUGCAGCUCUGUGCAAGGUAAACUACAGUUUCUAGGAUUCGGGGGUGGGGGGUGUAUUUUAAAUGUAUGGCACAUAGAUAGCCUUACUUGAAUUCAGCGCUAUCAGAAGCUAGUUGACACAUUUAAGUUUACAUCUGUCUUUUACCACAGUCUACAGAUAAUUGAAUAUUUAGUUUUCUUGCAACGUAGAAGCGUGCUUUUGUUUGGUUAGGUUUGAUCAUUCAUACCCAAACUUUUAAUUAGUUUUUGACAUUUUCUUUGUGUUCUUUCUGAAAACUUCAUAUUUUAUAGGGAGUAUUAAACCUCGACUGACUCAUAGCAGAGAACUUGAAAUGAGAACUACCUUUCAAGAGCUACUGAUUUACAUAAUUUUCCUUACAGAUCUAUGUAUAUGUAAGUCCAUGGGGAAAAGGGGAUUGUUGAUAUGCAAAUGCUGCUCUCCCCCUCCCCCCCGAAAACAUUUCAUGAGGUGCAAAUAAUGAAUUACUUGGUUUGCAAGCCUAUGCAACUUGAAAAUGGUAUAAAUGUAGGGUGGGGUGGGGAACCUUAGGCCCGGGAGCUGAAGGGGCUCCUCAAAGCUUCUCUACCCAGCCCUGGGAACUCUGUCCAGACUACAGUCCUCACUGGAUGAGUUUCACAACCUACUUGAACUGUUCUUGAACUGUGUCUUUUAAGUGUGAUAAUGCCUCUUGUUUGCCUAGGACGAUGAUGGAGCUGUGGAUGUGAGUGGUGGUGGUGUAGAAACCUCUAUUGUGUAGCUGGAAUUUAGCCUAUUGUACAACAUCACAUCUGUUGCUCUGCCCCUAUUUGUUUUUGGUGCAACCUAACACUGACAUUUGACCCCUGGAUGGUUGCCCAUAGCCUAACUCAUAAACAUGCAAAAUAACCCUCCUGUUGAGGGGAUGCUAAUCAAAUUUGCAGAUGAUACCAAACUGGGAGGGGUAGCCAAUCCUGCUGAGGACAGAACCAGGAUUCAAUAUGAGCUUAAAAGAUUGGAGAACAGGGCCAAAACUAACAAAAUGAAGCUCACUAGAGACAAAUGUAAGGUUCCACCUGUACACUUAGGCAGGAAUAGCCAGCUGCACAAAUAGAAGAUGGGGACACCUGGCUUCCCAGUAGUACAUGUGAAAAGGAUACAGUGGUACCUCGGGUUACAGACGCUUCAGAUUACAUAUGCUUCAGGUUACAGACUCCGCUAACCCAGAAAUAUUACCUCGGGUUAAGAACUUUACCUCAGGAUGAGAACAGAAAUCGCACGGUGGCGGCGCAGCAGGAAGCCCUAUUAGCUAAAGUGGUGCUUCAGGUUAAGAACUGUUUCAGGUUAAGAACAGACCUCCAGAACGAAUUAAGUUCUUAACCGGAGGUACCACUGUAUAGAGAUCUAGUAGACCAGAAGCUUAACAUGAGUCGAUAGUGUGAUACAGCAACAGAACAUCACUAGUGCUAUUCUAGGUUGCAUCAGCAGAAGUAUAGUGUCCCUAUCAAGGAAAAAAAUAGUCCUGCUCUAUUCUGCCUUUGUCAGACCAUACCUGGAGUACAGUGGUACCUCGAGUUACAAACGCUGCAGGUUACAAACGCUUCAGGUUACAAAUUCCGCUAACAAAUUCCAAGGAAGAGUUUCCUUGAGUUGAGAACUUUGCCCCAGGAUGAGAAUGGAAAUCAUGUGCCGGCGGCGCAACAGCAGCAAGAGGCCCCAUUAGUGAAAGGACGCCUCUAGUUAAGAACAGUUUCAGGUUAAGAACGGACCUCCAGAACAAGUUAAGUUCAUAACUAGAGGUACCACUGUACUGUGUCCAGUUCUGGGCACCACAAUCUAAGAUGGAUAUUGACAAGCUGGAGUAUAUGCAGAGGAGGGUCACCAAGAUGAUCAAGGGUCUGGAAACUAAGUCUUGUGAGGAACAGUUAAGGGAAUUGGGUAUGUUUAGCCUGGUAAAGAGGAGACUUAGAGGAGAUAUCUAUCUUCAAGUAUCUAAAGGGUGUCACAUGGAGGAUGGAGCAAGCUUGUUUUCUCCUGCUCCAGAGACUAGGACCCGAACCAAGGGAUUGAAGUUACAAGAGGAGAUUCCAAAUAAACACCAGGAAUAACUUCCUGAUAGUAAGAGCUGUUCAACUGUGGAACAGACUCCCUUGGAAGGCGGUAGACUCUCCUUCCCUGGAGUUUUUUAAGCAGAGCUAGGAUAACCAUCUAUCAUGUAUGAUCUAGUUGAGAUUCCUGCAUUGUAGGGGGUUGGACUAGAUGACCCUCGGGGUCCCUUUCAACUCUACAAUUCAUGAUUCUCUAUAGAACACUACAUUGCAAGAGCUGCAUAUUUUCCAUAUACUGUAUUUUUCCGUGCAUUAGAUGAGGUUUUUUUAACUCAAAAAUUAUGUAAAAAAACUGAGAUCGGCCUAUACACGGAUAGUGGCAUGGGGGGGGGGAGCUGCGCACUGCCAGCCAGCUGGUUGGGGGGGGGGUUGCAACUCUCCUUCAUGCCGCUGUGGGAGGAGAGUGUUUCCUGCAGCAGCGUGGAAGGGAAGCUAUGCACCUGCCAGCCAUCUGGUUGGUGGACACACAACUCUCCCCCAUGCUGCUGCGGAGGCGCGCACUCUAGGGAGCGUUCCACAGCAGCUGGGGGAACUGCGCAGCCAGCUGGUUGGCGGGUCUGUGCUCUAGGGAGUGUUUCCGCCCACAGUGGCGUGGGGGGAGUAGCUACCCACUUUGCCAACCCCCAGCAACUGCGUGUAAUUCCCCCUUAAAAAUGCUCAACAAGUUUGGGCCACUCCCCCCAUUUUCUUUAAAUUUAGUCCCCCAAAAUAGUCUUAUACAUGGGGGCAUCUUAUACACAGAAAAAUACAGUAACUAAGGUGAUAACUGCCUAUUCGAUCUUUCUAUUACUAUUACUAUUACUAAGACUCCAGUAUUUUUGUUUUGGGGUCCUGCUAAUAAACAUUAGGUGUUUGAUGUUUGCUAAUUUGAGUGUCUUCCCAUUUCUCUUUGUUGCUUAGGAUUUUAUCCUGAUUUCUUUCUUUUUAGUGACAUUUGGAAUGGUGAGCACAGAUAUGUAUUAUCUGAACAAAGUUAUGGCAGAUCUCUUUCUAGAAACCCCUCUGUCAGAUACAGAUCAUACAGACUUCAAGUCUAUGAGCAGCAUUGCUGACUUUUGGCAGGUAAAGGUUGUUGUUUUUUAAAUGAGAAAAACAUAACUUGUGAAUAAUAAUAAUAAUAAACCUGAUUUUUGGCACAGAACUAUGUUAGUGUAGACACAUGGUUUCUGUAAUCUGCUACUGUCCUAUCACCACUAGACUGUUUCACACUAAAAAGUUAAGGGUAGGUUUGGGUACCCUCAGAAACCUGCCUGGGAAAGAGUUUGGGGAAAAUACAUCAAGAGGUAUGUAGUGGUAAAGUUGGGGACUUGACUUUUUAAUUUUUUUGGCAUUAAGUCCUGCCAGGUAGUAGAACCUAAAUGACUUACUUACUCUACUUUUUAUCUUGCUGUCAACACAAUUUGUUGCUAUCUGGGAUUAACACCAUAUUUUACCUUGGCGCAGUGAUAAUCAAUUUUGGAUUACUUUAUAUUUAUGUAGUACUUUUCCUAAGUGUUCCAAGCACUUAGUGUACACAAAUGUAUACUAUGUUAGUAAUCCUUACAACAGCCCUGUACAGUGGUACCUCUGGUUAUGAACUUAAUUCGUUCCGGAAGUGCGCUCUUCAGCUGAAACCGUUCUUAUCCUGAGGCGUGCUUUCGCUAAUGGGGCCUCCUGCUGUGCACAUGUGCUAAAGAUGCGUGAUUUCCGUUCACAUCCUGGGGCAAAGUUCACAACCAGGAGCAGCUACUUCCGGGUUAGCAGAGUUCGUAACCUGAAGCGUUCGUAACCAGAGGUAUCACUGUAAUAUAAAACCUUGUGAUAUGUUGUAUGCAAAUAGGGUGACUACAUGGGAAGAGGUGUUCAAACCUUACACCUGCUUUUUGGAUAGCUGCCACAUGCUCAUUUAUUAUUAUCAUUAUUUAUUAAAUUUAUAUGCUGCCCUGUACCUUUAAGGCAGUUUACAACAUAAAAUUACAAUAAAAAAUACAUAAUAAUAAUAAUAAUAAUAAUAAUAAUAAUGACAACCCAAUAAUCCCCCCUUCCACAACACAUUUAAAGGGCAUUAGAUGUCAAUUAGCCAAAUGCAAUUUAAGUAAUCAGUAAUAUGUUAUUGUUUCACAGUUUGUUAUAGUUUAGAGUUUACUGUAGAUAAUAAAAAGAUGCUGAACACAACCCAACAGCUGCUGUGCAAAUGCAGGGCCUCUGGUUUUACAUAAAUCUAUGCAUGAACAGAAGGGAACGCGGGUGGCGCUGUGGGUUAAACCACAGAGCCUAGGACUUGCCGAUCAGAAGGUCGGCGGUUCGAAUCCCCAUGACAGGGUGAGCUCCCAUUGCUCGGUUCCUGCUCCUGCCAACCUAGCAGUUCGAAAGCACGUCAAAGUGCAAGUAGAUAAAUAGGUACCGCUCCAGCGGGAAGGUUAACUGCGUUUCCGUGCACUGCUCUGGUUCGCCAGAAGCGGCUUAGUCAUGCUGGCCACAUGACCCAGAAGCUGUAUGCCGGCUCCCUCGGCCAAUAUAGUGAGAUGAGCACCGCACCCCAGAGUCGGUCACAACUAGACCUAAUGGUCAGGGGUCCCUUUAUGCACGAACAGAACAUUAUUGAUGUGUUCUGUGUGCAUGAGGUACAUCCCUUAACAGAAGACAUCAAGAGGUGUCUGCAUUUAUAGUAUUUUAGACCAUCACCAGUGUUUUUAGUGGAAUUCAGUGUGCCAUUAUAAAGAAUUAUUAUUGAAGGACCUAUGGCCUUGUUUGCGCAUUACGUAGAAUCAUGAGUUGUUUCACUUCCAACAAACCAUGAUCUGUAGGCAAGAUUUGUUAUUUGCUUACGUAAAGGGCUGUCCAAGGCAUUUUGCAAAGGACAAAGACUCCCCUCCCCAAGCCCUUUACAUGUACAGAAGCUGUGUGGAACACUCGGCUCUUGAUUUCCAACAGGGAAGAAUAACCAGAAGGCUCAGGAGAAAUGGUUGGGGCAGCAGGUGCUGCCGCCUGCAGUAUUUGCUUUCUGUGAUGAUUGCCUCAUUUUGCCUAACAGUUUGGUUGAGCAAAACAAACCUUGACACCUGGUUUCAUACAUAAUAGUAAGCUGAAGAUCUUGGUUUAUUUCUUCAAUGUUCUAGCAAGGAGGAGCAAAGCAGCUCAGAUUGGCACAUUCACAGUAAACUAUUAACUGUGAUUGACCAGGAUAGGUGAAGUGCUCCUAAACCUCUUAAUCUGCCAAGUGAAAUCAAUUGGUUGUUUUUUUAUAGUAGUCCAAAUAAGAUGUAAAAAACAAACAAAAUAGAUAAACAAACAUUUUAUAAGGCCAUUGUGCCUCCUAGAUUCCCAGGUGUAACAACGGGUUUUCAAAUAAUACUUGAUUCCAAGUAAACGAGUUUCAGAUGAUGAAUUUCUUCUGGUAAAAUUUUAUUUUCUGCUUAUUUCAUGCAAUGUAGUUUAUAGAAGGACCACUUCUGGAUGGCCUUGAUUGGGGCACUUCGUACAACAAUGAUUCCGCACCCAAUGAAAGAAACACCACACUUAUCUACUAUGAGAAUUUACUGUUAGGAGUACCUCGAAUUCGACAACUAAAAGUCCGUAACAACACAUGUUCUAUCUAUCCCUCUUUCCGGGCAUUUAUGAAAGAAUGUUAUGGUAAAUAUCAGUAUUUACAUGAGGAUAGACAAUCAUUUGGCUUUAAGAAUGCCUCUGAGUAAGUAUCGUGACAUUUUAUUUUCCUUGCUCCUUCUGACUGUAUCUGAACAUACUGUACACAUACUUUAGCAAAAUAAGUUUAAUAGUGGGAUUUGGCUUCCUUAGGGAGCACUGAGAAAUUUUGUUAUUAAUGCAUUUGUACUGUAAAUAAAUGAAACAAUAUGUGUCAAGGGGCUCAAGUAGUGGCACCCUGCUGAUUUGCACCUACAUCAGCUUGUCCCAUAUAAGGGUGAAUCAAACGCUGCCUUAGUUUAGACAAUAUUUGCACGAGCCUUGUGCCUGUGCUGCCCCUUCCCUCCUUCAGUACUUCUAGAUUGGAAUUUAUUGUGGAACUGGUGUUGCUCAUUGUUUUUGCAUGGUUCACACAACAUCAUAAUAAAAAUGCCAGUCCAUGUUCCCCCCUUCCCUUCAUCUGAAUUUCCCCUUACGGUGGAAACUCUCAAGUAAAAAGGAGCCAGUAUGCACCUACAGUCUCUGCUGGUAUGGAACGCAUUAGCACAUAUUUUUGGCAGGUAGUUUGUCAUAUGCAGUCCCCUACUUCUGUUUGCUUCUCAUUCAAGUACAAUCUAGCCUUUUUGCUUCUGGUGGCCACAAUGAUGUGACUGUGACUGUUUCCACCAAUUGCUGCAUGCAGAAGGCAUGUUCACAGUUCAUAUAUCAGAGACCUCUAUAUUAAAAAUAAAAUUUGGCUCAUGAGGAGUUCUGCUAAAUCUUUUAACCAGCUGUUCGCCACAUGAGUAAGAAGCUAGAGUGGGAGGAUCAUGGGGCCCCAUGGCCGCUAAUGGGUGUGUGUGGCUCUUAUGGAAACCCUGCCAACCAGCGCAAAGAAUGGCCAUAGCUAUUGCAAAUUGAUGAGACCAACCUGGGCCCAACUUGCUUUUAAAAAAGGACAAUGUUGUGUUAAUCUUUCUACAAGUUGUCCAGGAACAAACAUUAACCUCAGUGACCUAGAAUUUCAUGGUUCCUGCCUAGAUCCCUUAAAUAUAAUUGUUUCAGUGGUACCAUAUUAGUAUUAAAGCUUCCAGGCUAAGAUGAUAAUAAAGGAAAAAGAAAGCAAGAGAAUGCAUGACACCUGAAUACAGCCACAUCAGAUUGAUUUUUUGGUGUGUGUGCUAGUUUCAUUCCCCCCACCUAUAACCCACCAUUUUGCCCAUGGUGAAACAUACUAGUUAUGCUUCUUUGUAUGUUCUUCCUGCGGUUUUGUUUUGGUUUUUUAAGAGGAAGGUAUGCGUGUGCACAGAUACAGAAAUAACUGCAUGCAUGUCUAGAAUGGAAACGAGCUGUAGACGGUGAGGGAGGAGUGACUGAGAGGAAGGAGAAAACAAAAUUACAGAUACAUUCCAUCAACUUCCACCUAUUAGUGUGGAUAGCAACCAACAGAAUAAUUGCAUAUUAAGAUUGAAAAAAGGGGAAUGUAUGGAAACUAAUCUGCAAGUUGCACUCCCAAGAAAAUUAGGUCUGUGUGAGUCCCUUGCUUCUCAGUGUACCAGGAUUGAAGACUCCUUGGGUUUAUUAAUCAUGAUUUUCAGUUACAUCAAAGUCAGGAAAGUAUGGUUACCAGGGCUGAAACAAACUUAAGAUUUGAAACAAACUUUGAACCAUGGUUUCAUAGACUGGUUUAUUCCAGUACUGGUAAACAUAGUUUAGUUUUACCCAGAGUAGAUACAGUGGUGCCCCGCAAGACGAAUGCCUCGCAAGACGGAAAACCCGCUAGACGAAAGGGUUUUCCGUUUUGGAGGUGCUUCGCAAAACGAAUUUCCUAUGUGCUUGCUUCGCAAGACGAAAAUGUCUUGCCAGUUCCUGCGGGGUUUUUUUCCUUUUUCCCAAGCCGCUAAGCCGCUUAUCAGCUGCUGGCUAAGCCGCUUAUCAGCUGAUCUUUAAGCCCCUUAACAGCUGAUGCUAAGCCGCUUAUCAGCUGAUCGUUAAGCCGCUUAUCAGCUCAUCGUUAAGCCUCUUAUCAGCUGAUGGUUAAGCCGCUUAUCAGCUGAUCUUUAAACCUAAGCCGCUAAUACUGUAGCGCUAAGCCGCUAAACCUCUAAUGGGCUUGCUUCGCAAGACAAAAAAACCCGCAAGACGAAGAGACUCGCGGAACGGAUUCUUUUCGUCUUGCGAGGCACCACUGUACAUUGAAAUUAAUGGACCUAACUUAGUAAUGUUCAUUAAUUUCAGUGGGUCUACUUUGAGUAAAACUUAGUUGAAUGCCACCCCAGUUUCUGAAGAUUUAUUUUAAAUUACCUCAGAUAAUAGAUAUUUGUUUUAUGUUUUUAAAAUGUUUGUUAAAGAACCUUUGUUAAUAUUAUUUGUAAAAUUGUUUUGGUAUUGUCUUAGGUUGCCACUCAUUUCGGGCAUAUAAAUUGAUAGGUGAGGUAUUCAUUUAUUUAACAACACAGUACAGUUCCUGUGCACAGUGGGAUGACUAUAGGAUUUAACACAAUAUUAUUGCUCUGCAUCCCCUGCCACACAUUCAUAGGCAUAUGUGCAGUUAGCCCAACAGGCUGUUAUGGGAAAUGGCAAGCCUCUACACAGCUUCCAUUUUCCAACGCAGCCCUUCCAUGCUUCUUGACCAUACCAUCUUGGUGCACUGUCUGUAUGUACAACUGGAGUUAUGCUUUUACCUUUAAACCACAUUCAAGCACAUUGUUUCCUUCAAGGAAUUCUGCAGCUUACCCCUCACAGAGUUACAAUUUCUAGCAACUCUUAACAAACUACAGUGUCCAGAAUUCUUUGAGAAUGUGCUUGUACUAUAUACACAGCCCACAAAAAAGGUAGUACUAUAUACCAAAGUAGGCAAGAUGUCAUCCAUGGAAUUUUGCAUUCAUGUGAUUGAAUUUUUAAAAGUAAAUAGCAGGAUGGGUUAGGGGGUGGGACCAUCUGGAUUGGGAGCCUGGUGAGAAGGGGAACUUUAACCCUUCACUCCCCUUGCCCUGAUCUAGAUGAUCUAGAUGGGGGUGGGAGAAAACUGGUACGAAUGAGAUUUUUGUUUCCACUGUGAAUAGCAGGUGUGCAGUGUUCAAUUAACUAUUUCUGUUAAAAAGGCACUGGAAAGCUAAGAGUGAUUGAAUAAAUCCUUGGGGAGUAAAUGGGGGGGAAUGCUUUCUGUAAACUGAAGUGCCUCAAUUCCCUUCUUUCCUACAGGUGGCAUUAUUCCACUUCUAAAUCACUCUCCCCAUGGCAUUGGGGCCUUAUUGGGCUAUACAGUAGUGGAGGAUUUAUGUUCACCUUGCCCAAGUCAAAGGCAGAAAGUGCAGCAAAACUUGCUUUCCUCAAGAAGCAUAACUGGAUCACUAGAGGAACAAGGGUUAUCUUCAUUGACUUUUCAAUGUAUAAUGCCAAUGUAAACCUCUUCUGUGUGGUCAGGUGAGCUCUUCUGUUUGCUGUUCUUAAAAUUCAGUUUUCAACAUAAAGUAGUCACAUUACCAGUCCUGUUGCUAAAGUACGGUAAUAAUGGCAUGCUCUACUCUGUUGCUGAAUGGACGAAUCUCACCCUGUGCAGGCUACUUAAAAUUGUACAUCUACUGCGCAAAUCAAAUCCUUCUUUCCACUCCUUCCAGUUGCUGCUGGUUUAGCAUACAAACUCUUCUAGCCCUUGACUUUUGCUUUGCCUUUUCAGGCAUUAAAUCUAGGGUGCCGCCACUGCAUGGACUGUAUCUCAUUUCAUUUCCUAAAAGUUCCACUGAUGCCAGAGUUUGAAAUCUUGACUGAAUGCUAUAGAGCAGCAGCUUUUUUUUGGAUCCACAAAACAAAACAUGUUCAAAACUUGUCAAGAAACAAAACCUUCAUUAUAUCUAGAGCAGAAGUGGCUAGCUUUUCUUGGUUCAAUAGCUACUUACAUCCUUAGACAGUUCUCUAGGUGCAUGCUAGUGAUGAUUGUGACCAAAAGUGGGUAUGUACAUCCUAUACUCACACAAGCACAGAAUGCAUGUGUGCACGCUCACAUAGGUACAGAGCCCUUGCUGAUCUACUGAGGAAUGGAGUUAUUGCACCUUCCCUGCUCAUCAAAUGAAGUGGAAGGGUGUGAUAUGCAUCUUCAACAGGGCACUGGCCUGGGCCGAGGGGUUUAAAUCUCUUAGCCCGCUGCAGCGCAUGCCUGUUUAUAUUUUUUAUUCCUUUGCCACCACUACCAAAAUCUGUGGGGUCUUGGGGGCCAGAAAAACUUGCUUAAGGGACUACAUCAGCCCCCCAAGCCAGAGGUUAGCUACAACUGAUCGAGAGGUAAUAAUAGUGCAGGGGCCUUUGAAAUUACCCCAGGUGAGCUUUGUAGUUUGGAAUCAGUCUUAUGUGUUACCGGAUAGCAUCCUCCUUUACUUUCAUUUCACAGGCUCAUUGUGGAAUUUCCUGCAACAGGUGGUGCAAUCCCCUCCUGGCAGUUCCACUCUGUAAAGCUGCUCAGAUACGUCAGCUAUUACGAUUAUUUCCUGGCCUCUUGUGAAGUCAUUUUUUGUCUUUUCAUCUUCACUUUCACCAUCCAAGAAGUUUUAAAAUUAAAGAAACAGAAAAAGGACUAUUUUAGAGAUGCCUGGAACUGGCUGGAUGUGUUAUUGCUCCUGGUAAGUCUCAGAAAUUACAAAAAAGGAAUUAUGACAGAAACCAUAUUGCGUUGUAGGGACAGAAUGCCUUCCAUAUUGCCACUAUAGAGAGAGCUGGGAAUACUGGGAAGAGGGGUAGAUGUUCCUUGGGCAAGGAACAUUCACAGCUUCAAAUUUAGUAUGUUUCUGCCCUGGAGAAACAUGGCAGUUAACUGUGUUUUAUACAUGGCAAUUCUUUUCUGAAAACCAGGCCAAAGCAGUCAAAAUGCAAGGCUCACAAUCAAUGUGUGCAUUCAGUGUUGUCUGGCCGUCCACAACUUAGCUUGUAUAUGAUUAACAGUAAGCAUACCGGUAAUCAGAAUAAUUUUGAUUCCCUGCUUUCCUUAAAGUGCUUGAAAAAGUUCUUAGUGUUUUAUUUUUCUACAAUUACAUAAGAACCUGGCUACAUUAAAUUGAUUAUAUUCAGAGUGGUCCUGUAUUUAUGUUGAAUCCAGAGGCAUUGAUUGCAAUCCCUGCUCAGUCUUGGUUUCCUUGGGUGCCACUAGAUCAGUCAGAUAUAAUGUUAAACUUUGGCUUUUCAUUAGAAGAAUGAGCCAAGAGCCUCAGGGCCCAUGUGUUCACUUUUCCUCCAGAUUUUGGUUCCAUUAUUGACUAGCUAAGGUUUAGUGUUAUGUCAAAAAGUGAAAUUUACCUAUGAUUUAAUGCAGUGCUUUUUUCUGGGGGUACUCUGGGGUACACAUACCCUUAAACGUUUUGUGAAUCUAAGUUUUGCCUCAUCGAGGGGCAGUAUUUCAGUAUGAGUAGGAAAAUUAAGAGUACCCCUAAACAAUUUUUAUAGAAAAAAAGCACUGGUUUACUGAAAGAAACUAACUUCAAACUUUUGUUGAUUAAGGUAGCUCCUUUCAAAAACCAUAGCUAAGUUCAACCAUAGUUCAGGCAUAAUGCUGAACUGCAGCUAAUUGAAAAUUGAAGGGAAAGCUUUCAAUUGUCUCCUUGCAGUCUGCUCUCACCCAUUUAGGAUGAAAAAGCAGGAAUUAUAGGAUAGAUAUCACCUUCCUUUUGGGAGGAAAAUUGAUACCUAAAUUAGGAACAAGCUUGUCUGAUACCUCUUUUGGGCCUUAAGCAAGGAUCAGAUUAUUUCUUGUUUUCUGCUGUCUACUACUCCCUAGUAAUCGGGGUACAGGGAAAAGAGAGUUCCAAAUAUUUUUUAUUUAUUAAAUUUCUAUACCACCCUUCAUCUGAAGAUUACAGGGCAUAUUACAAUAUAAAAAUGCAAAAAUACAUAACGUAGUAAUAAACAAAUAUAGUACCCCUCCACACAGUUUAAAAGGCCAUAGAUUGUAUAAUUAGCUAAAGGCUAGGAGAAGAGAAAUGUUUUUUCCUUGCACCUAAAGAUACCUAAUGAAGGGGCCAGGCAAGCCUUCCUGGGGAGAGCAUUCCACAAGGGGAGAGCCACCACAGAGAAGGAGCCCUCUUGGCCUCUCAUGGAAGAAAUGUCUCAGAUGAUGAUUGCAGUGUCUGGGUUGGUUCAUAUGGGGAGAUGGGUGCAAACUUCCCAUCCGCAAAAAGCCUGUUGUAUCAUGGCAGGAAUUUUGUGGUCCACAAAAAGGGAACAUCAGAUUGAUAAAGAAUGGCAGCUCUAUAACAGUAGCUAAAGAAACAGAGUCCCUAUCUUUUUUCCAUCGAAAAGGCUUGCACUUUAUCAUUUUAAUGGCCUGCCAGUAUUUGGGAGUAUUCCAGGUGACAGCAGAGCUUUAAGAAAGAGACAGAUACAGAGAUAGAAAGAGAGACAGAGAAGGGAUGUGAAAAUCUAGUUCAGAAGGUGGAGACUUUUUCAGCAGUAUCUGGAUAAAGGCAAAUCAUUAUGUCACCAUCCUGUCAGCACAGGGAGAAGGGCUGUUUUCAGUCUCUGAGGUUGCUACACUAACAUGUAAAUACAUUUGCUUGCAAACUGUAAUAAUUACAACAGCAAUUCUUAAUCCUCAUUUUGUAUGCAAAUAAAUGAAAUUCUGGGACUCAUACUGAAAUCUGAGGGAAACUCACCUCACACAGAAUCCUUUUAGGGGAAACCAUGCUAAGCUAGCAAUAAAACUUAAAUGAGUUCUUUAUGUACCCUAAAACAUUCUAUUUCAGGUGACAACUAUAAAAUGAUUUAAGAUGUGUGUAUUCCAUGCCUGAAGAAGAAUAUUAAUGUUACCCUCAUGGUGAAGAAGAGCAUGGGUUAUGGCAGGGGUCAGCAACCCGCGGCUCCAGAGCCGCAUGUGGCUCUUUUACACCUUUGCCGCGGCUCUGGAGUGGAUACUAGCGAGGGGAGGAGGCGCAUUGUGCGCCCCGACACUCCCCACUGUGGCGGGCGCUGUACUGGCUGUGACGUCGCAUGGGGGCGGUGCGUGCGUAAGUCACGCACCAUCCCGACGUCACCUUCCUGCCCGCCCGCCCGCCCGCUCGCUACAUUGUAAGGGGCAUGUACGCUGGUCACUGCAUUGAAAGGGGGCAUGUACGCUGGUCACUGUUUUGAAGGGGAGUGCAGAACACACACACACAAAAAGGUAACUUGUUAAUUUAACGUUUAUUUCUAUGAGGAGGAGUAAUUCUGAGGGGUCAAACAAAGAAAUAAUAAAAAAAGUGACAAAAAAGUUAUUUUUAUAAUGACGAGUUUUGCGGCUCCCAGUUUUUUUUUCUUCGGAAACGGGUCCAAGUGGCUCUUUUUGUCUUAAAGGUUGCAGACCCCUGGGUUAUGGUGUUUCAUAAAAUAAAAUAAAAUUCUCCUCAUAUAGAUACUGAGAUACCCAGAGGGCCUUCUCGGUAGUGGCGCCCACCCUGUGGAAGGCCCUCCCAUCAGAUUUCAAAGAAAUUAACAACUAUCUGACAUUUAGAAGACAGCCCUGUUUAGGAAAGUUUUUAAUGAUUGAUGUUUUAAUAUAUUUUUACUCCUUUGUUGCAAGCCGCCCAGAGUGGCUGGAGAGGCCCAGCCAGAUGGGUGGAGUAUAAAUGAUUAUUUAUUUAUUUACUCCCUACAUACAUUUUAAUAAUAAUAAUAAUAAUAAUAAAUUUUAUUUAUAUCCUGCCCUCCCCAGCUGAAGCCGGGCUCAGGGCGGCUAACAACAAUCAAAUAAUGCAACAUUCUAAAAACAUUCCAUUAUAAAAAUUAAUUAAAAUCAAAUUGAUGGCAACCAUUAAGCAAAAAUUCUGUGCAGAUUUUAAUGCAUAUUUGGCUUAUAGGCAGAUAUGGUUUACCUCUCGUAGCCCUUUAUCAAUCAACUUCAUUAAGAUAUGAAGAAAAUAUCAGAAAAAUAGAAAUUGUAACCUCACAGACGUUUGCUUUUUUCCCUCCAGUUGUCUGUUUUUGCUAUUUUCUUCAAUGUUUACCGAACUAUUGAAGUGUCCAGAUUGAUGGAAAGUCUGCUCUCCAAUUCAGAAGCUUAUCCAGACUUUAAUUUCCUUUCAUUCUGGCAGACCCGUUACAAUAAUAUGAUUUCAGUGAAUGUAUUUUUUGCAUGGAUAAAGGUACUGCUGCUCACAUUACUAAAUAUAUUGACAAUGUUUUAUUUUCAUACUUCUCACAGAAAAUUUUCAAAUUUUCUCUUAGAGAUUUUAAAGAGCUAUCUGAAGAAUGUUUGCAUAGGUGUUUAUAGAUCAUUUCCUCUUUCCUCCACAUUCAUAAUCUCUGCCAAGGCUUAUCCCUUAGGGGACUAUAGUACAUUAUUUGUCAGGGAGACCCUAAAAAAUGCCACUUUAGUAACAUCCACUGUUAUGUUCUUUAUCACCUUCCUUCUAAAAUUGCAGCCUACUUAAGGUAUAGGAGUGGGGAAAGCUGUUGUGUAGUAUUAUGGGCUGCUAAUGUGACCAUGAAAUGACUUGCAUUGCUUUAAAAAAAUGGGUUAACUUUUCACUAAUCUUGGUCAAGGCUGGUCAUGCAGUCACACUUGCUCUAGCAGUUACUCCAAAUUCCAAAUAUGUCCGUUGGCCCAAAAAGAUUAGAACACCCUGUUCUAGUGUAAUGUUCAGAAGGGAAUUUCCAUGGAGAGAAUGUCAUGUUCCAGUUAAAUAAAGAGCUUGUGCAUUUCCCACAUUUAUUUUCCCUUUUGAACUUAAACUGGAAGUGCCGUAAGAGAAAGUCCCCAUCACUUGCUCUUGUUUUACAGUUUUAGUUAGGUUACCAGAGUAGCAUGGGAUCUCACACUAGGGACCAAUGUAAUGUUUGAAAUUGGGCUUAAAGGUCCACUGUUCUGUACCUCCAAUACUGAUUAUUUUAAUUUAUAUAAAGAGUUAUAUAGAAUCUCCAGCAGAAAUCCUUCCUCUGGAAAAGGAAACUGUGUGAGCACUGGAAAUGAUCUAUAAGCGCUAGAAGAAUGGGAUAUAAUUUUUUAUAAAAAUUCAAAAUAAUAUGUCUUUUAUAAAUAACUCCAUUUCUCUAGUUAUUUCAUUUCAGGCCCACCUGAAUAUUCAUCCAAUUUAGUAUUGAUUUCCUGCCAAAUUUAAGCAGGUAACUUUGAGCCCCUUCUGUUGGCUUGGUCUUUGUCCCACCACAAUGUAUCCUGUUCUGUUUUCUUCCAGAUAUUUAAAUACAUAAGCUUUAACAAGACCAUGACCCAGCUGUCUUCCACUCUAUCCCGCUGUGCUAAAGAUAUCAUCGGAUUUGCCAUCAUGUUCUUUAUCAUCUUCUUUGCAUACGCGCAGUUGGGUUACCUGGUCUUCGGGUCUCAAGUGGACGAAUUUUCCACUUUUCAGAAUUGCAUGUAUGGAGUCUUCCAGAUUGUCUUCAUAUAGUUCUGUGGUUAGUUAGAGCAGCGUUUUCUUAAGUGAAAUGCUAAGAGUGCCUGAGGUGUUUUAUAAUGGCAUGUUGUGGGAUACCUGAGCUGCCUGGUAAAAGUAUACAGCUGGAAUGGGCAAUGGUGGCACAGCAGAUCUUGACCUGGGUGGGCAGAGUGACCCAUUUACUCACAGCCAUUUUAAAGGAGCUCGCAUAUGAAACAACAAUAUAUCACCAAACCCCUCCCUCUUCAGUUCUCAUCCAGGUACAGGGAGACAUGGUGACUGUGAAUGAACAUUUCGGCAUGCAGCACACAAAGUGGAUUGUUACCUAAGCCAGCCUUUCUCAACUUGGUGCCCUCCAGAUGUUUUGGACUAGAUACUUUGACCCCAGCGAGCAUGGCCAAUGGUCAGGGAUGAUGGGAGCUCUCAUCCCAUCAUCAGUUUGAUGAUGGGCAUCAGUUUGAGCAAGUUUGAGGGCAUCAGUUUGAGCAAGGCUGUGCUAAGCUUUUAUGCCUAAAUUGUUUUGCCACUGUACACGCUUUGGGAGCUAUGCUGAGGUGCAAGGUAAAAAUCUUAAUAAUAAUAAAAUCAGCUAGUCACUAUAGAAAUAGGUUUGAAAGCUCAGAACAUAUAAUCUAUGGAAGCCAGUGGUUGAUAUUUUUAAAUUGAGUAUAAGCUAUACCAUAAGAUUUAACCUCAAUAUAAAUUGUAGAAGAAUAUUGUAUACUGAUACUUUUUCUCCCUCUCAAGUUUUACCCAAUUUCGCAUCGUGCUUGGAGAUUUUAACUUUGCCGAAAUAGAGCAUGCAAAUCGAAUCCUUGGGCCAAUUUACUUCAUCACAUUUGUGUUCUUUGUGUUCUUCGUACUGCUGGUAAGUAGUAUUUUAGAGGAUUCGAAUUAAAUACAAAUACAUAUACAUAUAAUUAAUUAAAUAAAUAAAUAAAUAUACAAAGUAAUUAAAUCUCUGUAUUUGGGCUGGUGUCAGAGUAAUAAAACGUAGUACACAUGUUCAUAGUUUUAUGGGACAGUGUUUAAAUGAUCAUAUAUUGGCUUAAUAUGCUGAGAUAUCAAUGUCCCUUUUGUUAGCACAGUCAAGUACUGUUCUUUUCAAUUUGCAGUGCAAACAAAUAAACCAGGAAAGCUUCAAUUAACCAUAUUCCAAGCCACAAUUUGAAGUUGUUUUAAUACUGUGGUUUGUUCUCAAGCUGGUAACCAUAGUUUCAUGGCUUAGAUAAAACUGGCAAUUAUGGUUAAUUAGAGACUUUCCAGUUAAUCAUGGCUUGUACAAAGGGAAGAGUGAAAGCUUGGUGUGCAAGCAAAAGUCGUGUUUGUAUCUUUGCUUAUUAAGCUGAAAGACUAUUGUUAUAUAUAUUUCACCAAAGUUGUCAUAUUUUAAUGGAAACCAUGAGCACCAGAAAGCCAACAACGAAAACAGCAACAGUAUAAUCCUAUGCAUGUCUUAUUUGGAAGUAAGUCCCACUGAGUUCAGUGAGACCCACGUCCAGGUAACUGUGUACAGCAGGGUUGGGAAUUGUGUGGUCCUCCAGGUGGUGUUCAGCUCCCUUUGGCCCCUAGAAGUAUGUAACAACAACAACAACAACUAUUAUUAUUAUUAUUAUUAUUAUUAUUAUUGAUAUGCUUCCCAUCUGACCGGGUUGCCCCAGCCACUCUGGGCAGCUUCCAACAAAUUAAAACAUUAGACACAGUAAAACAUCAGACAUUGAAAGCUUCCCUAUACAGGGCUGCCUUCCUAUGCCUUCUAAAAGUCAGAUAGUUUAUAUCCUAUAGAAUUGGCCUGAGACCACUCACGUACAGAAGUGCAAUAUGGUCUACCUUCUGCUGGAAUUGCUUUUGAGAGAUACAUUUGUAAAGCACUGAGGCAUGACUUUAAAUUAUUCUGCUGUUUAAGCAUUCAGGGUUGACACUUACUUCAGCAGUCCUUGCAGUGCUAAGCUUAGUAAUGGUUUGUUAAUGAGUCAGGGAAAAAGGAGAUGUGGCAAGGAAGCAGGGAUGCAACAAGAGGGAGAUGGAGAGAUGGUAGACUGCAAAUGUUGUGGAGCAAGGAGCUAAUUUUAGAAAGGCUUACCAUUCUUAUUUGUCUAUUCCCUCAGGUUUAGAGGGUAAAGUUAGAGAACUCGAGGUGGGGCAUGAGUUUUCUUUUUUUAUACUUUGUUUUGAUUAUGUUGCCCUGCCAAUUUACUGUGAUGAACCUUCAAUACUGAAUAACAGAGCCAAGUUGCUUAUGUAAAAGUAGGCAUGGUUAUAAAAUGUAGGUGCACAUUUUCAUAUUUGCCACUGGGAUGUUGGAAGGUGAGAAAACUAAAUCAUUCAGUCAUCCCAACCUUAUUUUUCCCAAAUAGAGGUUUGUAAACAUGGGGUGCUUUUGUUAAGGCUGCAGUCUUAUGAAGUAAGCACAGUUGAAUUUCCGUUGUAAGCCUUUGCUUACAUCAGUGCUGCAUCAUUUCCCCAUUAUCUUUUGAAAUCUGACCUAACCACUUUCCUAUUCCUGUGCAUACCUGGGGGUCUUUUUGCACACAGAUAGCACACAACUUUACUUGUAAGCCAAUUAACAGCCUAUGCUGAGGGGCAGGUUCAAGCACUUAGUCUGUCAUCAUGAUGAGCAGCCGUGUGACAUACUUAUUUAAUUGGAGAUGGUUAAAUACAGUAGAAUAGGGGACACGGGUGGCGCUGUGGUCUAAACCACAGAGCCCAGGGCUUGCCGAUCAGAAGGUCAGCAGUUCGAAUCCCCGCAACAGGGUGAGCUCCCGUUGUUCGGUCCCAGCUCCUGCCCACCUAGCAAUUGGAAAGCACAUCAAAGUGCAAGUAGAUAAAUAGGUACCGCUCCAGCAGGAAGGUAAACAGCGUUUCCAUGCGCUGCUCUGGUUCUCCAUGCUGGCCACAUGACCCGGAAGCUGUCUGCAGACAAACACCGGAUCCCUCAGCCUGUAAAGCGAGAUGAGCGCCGCAACCCCAGAGUCGUUCGUGACUGGACCUAACGGUCAGGGGUACCUUUACCUUUACCUUUAAGCACAGUAGAAUACAGAAUGGAAUCUUCUCACCAGUAAAACAUCCCUGCCCCUCAUUUCAAGUGGCAUGGACAAUGUAUCUUGUAGUCCAAGAUACAUCCAAAUAUCAUGAGGAAAAUUGCAAUCAAGUUUGAUUUGUACCUCAUUAUUAAGGUACUAAACAUGACACAAAAUUUGGAAGUAAAAUCCUCAUCAAGGGCGCUAACCAGCAAUUGAUGUGAUGCCCUACGACAACUGAGAAAAAAAUAGUGGGUGUAGUCAACAUAUUAAUAUUGGGACAUUGGAAGGAGUUGUAAAAUUAAUAAAAACUACUAUUAGCCAGUAUCUUGCAAGGUUGGUGAGUUGUCUUCUAUUAUGAAUGCACUAAUUUUUCUUAUUCACUGCACCCUGCUGAUAUUGUUGACGCUAAUCGCUGCUCUGUUGUAUUGACUAAUCUGGCAUCAUUGCUUUUGUCUAUAAUGGAUCAGAUUAAAUAACCAUUGAGACCCCUGUCUGUAAGUUCAGCCUCUGAUUUUGUGACUCAAAAUUCUUUCUCUUUUGCACAGAACAUGUUCUUGGCAAUCAUUAAUGACACAUACUCUGAAGUGAAAGCUGAUUUUUCAGUCAUCCCAAGCAGAGAAUUUGAGAUCAGUGAUCUCAUUAGACAGGUAAGCACCUAUAGGUGUUUCUUCAUAUUACCAUUGUCAGCAACAAAAUAAUGGCUGCUUGUUAAUCAUAUCUUGGCUUAAUAAGAUGAGAUGUGAAGAAGUUUCAUUUCGUACCUGCAGCCACUUUGCUGCUCCCUUUGUUAGAGCAAGUAAACAAGACAGGAAAUCUUUCCAUCUCAUCCUGACUGGGAAAUUAAUGGUUAAUGGUUUCAGGACAAACGAGUAUAUUAAGACUCAUAUAAUGGUUUGGAGUGGUUUAAUAUCCUGGCUUGUUCCAAAGCUAUCAUGAGGACAAAAUGGGAAAUUAUAGUUAAUGGAAAAUUUCCUGGCUUAUUUUCUGUUCACACAAAGGGAAGAGCUAAGUGGUUGUGUGUGUGAUCAAAAGCUUGUUCAUAUGUCAGCUUAAUCACGUGACUAUUUUAAUAAUAGAUAAUAGAAUCUAUAAUGAGUAGUUACUGACUACUUGCUUUAUUCAUAAAGUCCUUUAAAGGAUCAACCUGGUACUACUUCCUAUAGUUCCAAUUAAUUGAGAUGCAAUUCACUUGGCUUCAAUGGGUCUGUGGUUCCAUAGACAAUGAAUGGGGUUUUGUCACCUCAUUGUUUGGGUUGCAUCUCCUAAUCAAGGAGUCAUUUCUGGUUGGCUGCAUUUGUGAGGCUGGGAAAAAUAAGAAAGUCACCACAUGAUUCCAACCUUAUCUUCGUAUUUAGGGGCUCAACCAUCCCUACAUUGGGAUUAUGUGGUACACCUUUUGUGACUUGUGAAAACUCCUUGCAUCACUUUAUAUUACCCAUGUCUUCUUUUUGAGCAUAUGAUAUUUUUAAGCAGGUUACUAGCAAUGCCCCAUUUGGUUGUGCAGAGCCUGGUGAUAGGGAGAAACAUGUGUUUGGUGUGGCUGAUGAAUAUGUAAAUCUAGUUUAAUUGAGAAUCUCAUGUGAGAUUGGCUUAUUUAGGAGCAGGGGUUUUUAUCAGCCCCCCAAGUCGAUUUUAUUUAUUAUUCAUUUGCCAGGUGUAUAUUUGCAGUCACUGCAUAUUCAGAAACUACAAACACUUUCUGCCUCAUGCUUGUGUAGACACCUUGUUCAAAGCCUGAUUAAUCCCAAAUUCACCAGUGUAACAUACUACCUAAUUUAGCUUCCGUUGACUUUUUUUCUUAUCCUUAUUCUUGGGAUUUUGAAGAAAGGCUGCUUUAUUUUAAGCAAACGAGCAUCUAGAGGAUGAAAACAGAGUGCAGAAAUACACAUCCUGUGAUAGGAUGUUCAAGUGACAGGUGUCAUAAUUUCUAACAUCUUGAAAUAAAAGCAUUCCCUCAUUUUUAAAAGCCAAGGAUUGCUUAUUGCUCAGAUAUGAUCAUGGGGAAAAUAUUAAGGAGGCUCAUUUAUAAAAGAUACCAUGGAUAUUUCCAGUACAUAGAACUCCCACCCAAGUUUAUUAAAGCUGUUUUUCACAGCCCAGCCUCUAUUUAGCACUGAAUGUAUUGAGACAAUGGUUUUUAAUAAAUACAUACAACAACUAAAAUCUGUGAGGACAGUUACAAGAAUGGUUGCCAACUUUUUAUUCCACCCCCCCAUACAAUUUUAUUAAAGUUUUUCCAUAAUACAAUAAAAGAAAAGAAACUAAUUAAAUAAAAACAAUAACAUUAAAAGAAAGAUAAAAGAAAAUGCAGAGUCCUCUCUCUAAGGUAGCUCUUAACCCUCACAUAGAAAGAGGUAGACUUUCCCAGCUCUCACCAGGGAGCUUUCGUUUUUUCUCCUAUUUUCUCACCCUGGCAGAUCUUCCCUUCCCUACCUCUCAUUCAGGGUCCUUCACAGCACCAUCCAUCACCAAGAAUGGUUUCCAAGGUUUUUUCAGUUGUGUGUGUUUUUACCCAGUAUGCCGCUUAAAAUUAAUCUCCAGAAUCACUUAUAAAGAGUACCACUUUUUUUCGCUUCUGUUUUCUUCCUCACAAGAAAUUUGUGUGUUCUAAGUUGUGCUGGAGACAGAUCUGAGUAAGUGUUACCUUUCAUAGUUUAAAAAUAGACGAGAAGAGGCAGCUUGCUUGUUUGGCACAGUAGCCAAAGAUGGUGCAUACUGAAAUUGUUUUGCAUUCACCAGAGUUGCAUCCAAUUUAAGGGUACAAUUCUCUGUCCCUGGAAUGGCAUCCCAGUGGCUAUAGAAUUUUAUAGCUUUGACUGUAUCUGGGCAGAGCAGGACUUCAACUAUUCCUCCUCCAACAGUAGGAAGGUAUAUAUCUGUGGAUCCAGGAAAUCUUUGCAUCCUCUGAACCCAAAUCCUUUCUGUUCCCCUGCUAUGUGCCCAGGAUGGGUUUGGGGAAAUAUGUCAGCCCUCCAACCAGUCCCAUCGUUUCUACCCUCACCAGCACAAAACGGUUGGGACUCAGGAUUUGAUGGGUCUAUGUUGCCCCUUCUCAUUGGUUUCCUCUGCCCAUCUGCCUAACACAUCAGCAUUCCCUCUUAAGACUCAUACAUACUGCAAACUUUGAGGCUCCAGCAUCAUUUUCAGCUUUCACUCUUUCCCCACUCAGUUUUGUUUAACAUCCAUUUGAAAAAGUUUCUGACAACUCAGAAGCUUAUUCACUAUUUUGUGACAUCUCAGUGAGAUAUAAUGAAUAUAUUGCCAAACUAUGGUUUUGGGAUAUCCACCUAACAGUGCUUUCUUUAUAUUAUACUUAGAGUUACAAUAAAGCUCUAGUCAAACUCAAACUGAAGAGGCAGACAUCACAGACAGAAGACUUGUAUGGAGUAAGCAGGUAGAAAUCACAUGCGCACCUCAGUUUUCACAACCUUGAAACCAAAAAAGUAUUUGCUAUGUCAGCUGUGUUUUUCAAGCUUGCAAUCAAAUCUAAUACACUAUCAAAUCUAAUGUGCACCCUAAUUUUCAUGACGUAAUUAGGCCAAAAAAGGUGUGCAUUACAUUCGAGUAAAUACAGUAUAUAUCCCAUAUACUAUUUAGAUAGAAAGAAGGCUCACAAGAGAAUUCCGUUACUGUUGCAGCAUAUGGUAGAAUCCAUGUUCUGUUGCAGUCAAAUGGCAAAACUGAUUACGGUGCUGCUAGACUGCAUGUUAAAGUUUUGAAAUAAGGGGGUAGGGAAUCUACUCCCAGUCCUGUCACAUGUAAAUUUAAUGUCAAUCAAUCUAGAUGUUUCCUGAAAUGUAUAGCCAUUGCCAUCCUAUGUCUGUUCUUAUCUCUUGGUUGAAUAUGUGUUAUUGAAAGUAGUGUUUUCUUUCUACCACAUCUUACCACUUGCUUGGCUGCUGUAUGCGAGGGGCAGGGAAAUGCUGAACGGCAAUAAUAAUCAUGUCAUGCAUCUUCUUUAACUAGAUAUAAUUGUGAUGUGGGAGGAGAUGUGGGUGAGCAGUGGGGAUAACUUUUUAGGACCCUAAAUUUAUGGAGCUUUGUUCAGUCAUCCUUUAGCAUUAAUUGACUGAUUACCUGCAUUCAGGCUUUUUGGGAAGAAGUGGGGACUUAAUUCUUUUCACACAAAAAAAGAUCUACAUUUUACACCAGGUUCCAUUUUGUAGUUUGCUGACAUCAGUUUCACUCAAAGCUGUUUCACAGCAGCGAGGAACCUCUGGCCCACAAAGGCUGUUUUGAGCUGGUGUUGCCCACUUCUUACGCCCCUGAAGUCAUAUGACGUGAGGUGUGGGACUGAUAAAGCCAUGAAUGCCAAGGGACUGUCGGGAGAGCACACUAAGAUGUGUGUUCCUAAUUGCUCCUUUCCUGUGGGACUUGCAUUUAAUGCUGUAUGCGAGCACUGCUGCCUUUUACAGGGAUCCGAUCACCCAACAUCAUAAGAUAUUGGAUGAUUGGCCUAUAGUGUGUUGGCCACUGCUUGAUCCAGCCUACUGGACCAAAGUGGUUCCCCACCCUUGCUGUAUCAGGAAGUGGCCAUAAUAUGGACUGUAAUUGUGUACUGUGUUUUAUUGCAUGACAAUUAGAAGCUCCAGGACAGAUGUGAAUAAGAGCCUCUCCAGAGUUGGUAGUUCGGACAAGGUAAGAUUCUUCUGCUCUAAAAAGUUGAUGCUGAAUUCUGCACACAAGACUACAGACACGUUCCCUCUCUUUUUGGCUGUUCUCUGGUAGAAUCUAGCAUUCAUCUGACCCUGCACACAUUCUUUUCUUCAGGUAGUGUGUGUUUGUAUGGAUCAGUAAUAGGAAAGUGUUUUAAGGACAGAAAAUGCCUAGUCCUUUCUUCUUUUAUACUUCUGCACUUUGUAUGCGACUUGAGCAUGUGAGCAAUGCAACACGUGAACAUGGGAAAGUGACUUAAUGAUGGCUGUUUUUCUUUGUGUAAACAAUAUUGUGUCUCUACAGGAUGUUUCCAGGAAACGGAAAUCUUAUGGUAGCUCAUCCGCGGGACUUCAGAAUGCAGUUUCUUACACUGAAUUUCAAAGGUAUGCUGCUUAGUGUCAUAGUCACUGUUGUCUUCAACCCUUUCAGACUGGGAUUCAUGUUCAGGCCAAAUGUAUUGGAGACCCACUUGUUAAGCCCCCCCCCCCCCCCCAGGGAAAUGCUGCUCUUGUGACCCAGCUGAGUUCAGGAGGGGAGAGUGCUCUUGUGCUCGAAUCCUGCUUGUGGGUUUCCCACAGGCAAUUGCUUGGCCACUGUGAGAACAGGAUGCUGAGCUGGAUAGGCCAUUGGCCUUAGCCAGCAGAAUCUUCUGAUGUUCCUACAUCAGAUAGUAAUCCAGUAAUGGGGUCAUGAUACACCAGUUGAAAACUAAUGUAUGAAGAGACAGUGUGAUCCUCAUUUGGACAGUUUUCCACCCCAAACAACUUAUUUAUUCAUUUUAAAAAGCAUGCUCCUGAUGGGAUCAUCUGAACUACCCAGUUGGAACUCCAUAAUGCAGCUGAUCCCUGCCCAAGCAGGGCUGCCUCAACGCUUCUCAAAAGCACUGUUUCACAUAGCCACCACCACCCCAUUUAAAAGAGAAGGGGGGCAGCUGCUUCAAACAGUGCUUCUCCUUUCAGAGGUCCAUGGGAAGUUGAUCUUUCCCAAAGGUAGCUACUUCCAAAAGUAGCUGCUUUCUUUAGCUGCACAUACUUUGUUCCCAGGAAGGAACAAGUGCACCCAAACAGCCCUUUUCAGGCCAUCCCAUGUUACUCCUUUCAGCUUCUGAUUUGGGAAGUGGAAAUGGGCUGCAGGGACGGUGUCAAAGAGUAGCACUGGGAAGGAGAAGUGGCUUCCAUUGGACAGAAACCUAUUCCCCCGCAAGGCACACUCCUACUGCCCAUCAGCUCAUGGGUGGAUUGGAGAGCACCUUGCUCCAGCAAAGGAACCACCAAGAGCCCACAUUAAGCUCCCAAUUGUUAUUUUGAAGCCCCACCCUCCACCUAACAUCAUGUAGGAUCUCAGGUACAGAGCAGGUGGGUGUGGCUUCCCAAAAAUGGCUAGUUGAGCCAAAUGAGAAGGCGUGGCAGGCUAAAAAUGAUUCUAAAGCCCCGCAGAUGAGUUUUCUGUUUGUACGUUUUGUUGGAUUUUGAUUUUUUCCUUGUUCUAGACUUUCCAGAUAUACAGCAGAAAUGGAGAAACAACUGAAAGAAGUGACCUAUAAGCUUGACAUGCUUAUGAACGCUGCUCCUAAAACCACAGUCUCACCAUGAAAGCUACAGUAGGGAAAGGUAAGAGAGCAGAUUUUACAAUUGGGACCCAGUCUGACUGAAACCUUAGAUGCAACUUCUUAUGCCUUUCAGAAACAAGGUUGCCCAACUUGUCUCAGUAUUUGUAUAGCUGCAGCACUGGGAAAACGUUCUAGGCUCUAGAAUGUAGGUGUUGAAAGGAAUCCUUCCCCAGCUUAUGCAUUACCCCCUCCAUUCAAGUGCCCUGCCAGUUGCUUGGCUGAACACCACAUAGAUUCUGAGAAAAAGCUACUUCAUAAAGUUAAAAAAAAGGAAAGUUCCAACCAACCAACCAAAGUCUAAAGAUGGGGUUGCCCAGGAGCUAUGAUUGCUUGCCUCCUCCUACUAAAUGUAAGGCAGAAGAGCUGCUUUUGGCAUAACUUAUUUUGUCAACAGUAGCUUAACAGGAAGUGAGAACUGUAGGCAUGUUACAUAGCCAUGAACAUAUGCACUGAACACCUCCACCUACUGUUUUAUUAUGUGGCUGUUUGGGGGCACUGUACUUAAACCCAGGCAAUCAGGUUGCAGCUGUGGGAAAACACAUAAGAAUAGAAAUGUUUUAAAAGAUAAGGCAAAAGUGUUUUCCUUCAUUCUUUAGAGCAGCAUUGGAGGGGCAAAGAAUAAAUCUCAAUUUGGAACUGCUGGGAGCAGGCUGUCAAAUGUUAUAGGAUACUAAAUAAAGUUGUUUAGUUUUGUAUCUAUUGUAUUCUAUAUUCCGAAGCCAGUUUGAAAAAAAUGAUAUAUAUCCCAAUCCAGAAAAGGCAAUUGCCACAUACUUAUCAGAAACCAUGGACAUACCUUAGAAUCCCCAAGAUCCCACUCCCCAAAUUCAUCCUUUAAUUGAUUUUAUUUCUGGAUGUAAGAAUUAAACAAUUUUUAAAAGUGUAGAAUUGCUAAUGGGAAAGUAUUUUGGCAGGCAGUAUUUAGAAUUGCUGUUCCCACCACACCCAUGUUUAUAUGUUGCCCCAAAGAGGGUUGACCAUGGUGGCUGGCUUUCAGCACAAAAAAGGUUAAGCCUGCCAUAGAUACACAUCUGAAUGUACCUUCAAAUAAAAAUGUUACUUUCAAUAGGACACAUUCAUUGCACAGUUCAUCACCUCCAGGUUUGUGUCUGCUUCCCACUGAAAGUAACGGAGUACUUUGUGUGUAUGUGUGUGUCCCCAAUGGUGAAGUGAUCUGAUUUACACUCCCAGCUAGUGUUUUCUGGACUAGGGUUAAGACUGGAGAAGUCAGCUGCCAAAGAUAAUGGUGAUAUUUAUUUUGUUUUGCAUUUGCUACAUUGUUCUGAAAGCUCAAGUAAUUUAAAAGUGGAUAAAUAAUGUAAGACAGUUUUCAUCAUUUAGAAUAUCCUAUUUACUUCAGUAACCAAAUGUCACCUGAAAAAUAAUGCCUCCGGAUAACAGUCAGGCUUGAAAUUUUAUCCCCAGGGAAAGAAGGCACACAGCCAUAAUACAGUCUCUGAGAAUACCCUUCUCUGUGCCCUUGCUGGUAGUGCAAAGAGGAUGCUCUCAGGUAGUUGUAACGGUAGCAGGGAAGUGUUAAGUAUGAAACAGUGCACUUUGCACUAAAAAAAGUCUUUGUCAAUACCACUUACUUCCUGUGACUUGUAUGAAUUAAGGAAAUUACAAGCAUUUACUCCUUGCAGUUAAUUCUGCUCCUAUAGAUGAGGAUGCUCAGAGCUGUGGAGGGGGAAAGUAGACGGUUUUUUUUAGUGCAUUAGCAUCAAGGCCAUAUUGCAUCAGAAACUUACUUCCAGCAACCAUCUCCCAAGCUUACAUUUGUUCAUGGAAAAGGACUUUCUUCUGGCAACAGCCAGAUCCCAUUUUUAAAAGUGUGAGCAGCUGAAAACCAUGGUUAACAAUAAAAGGAACCCUGGAAGCCUAAUAUACAUACAUGGCUGAGACCGUCCCUUUAACAGGUACUGCUAAAUUCUACACCCAAUCAGCAUCUUGUUUUUAGUUCUUGAGGGAUUUUUUUUUAAUCCCAUGUUUCCCAAAGCUCUUGCAACUGCACCAUCAUUUUAGAUGGAUCAGUUGUUUUUACUGCAAGUGAUAUUUCUUUGUGGAUCAACAGAGGGCUCCAAGAAGGAUGUGUUGCCUGCCUUGCAGCUCAGAAACACAAAACUGCACUUCAAUGCUGUUUUCUUGAACAGCAGAGAAUGGAUCUCUGUCAAGUAUUAGAACAUAUAGCAAAAGGUGCAUGAUAGUAAUAACAAUAACUUGUUAAGCGACAGUCUAAUAUGAAGGUCAAUGGGAAAAACCAGACCAAAAAAUCAGGUGGGAAGGAAUGACCUGCUGGCAGGAGUACCCCCAGAUACUGCCCCAUACCCUUGAGACAGAGAAGAAAAACGGCACAGCUUGCCAAAACAGGGUGGACCUUGGACCGCUCUAUACAUCCACAAAGAAAUUAGGUUAACAAAUUCAGAUGUGGAAAAAAUCAGGUCUGUAGAACACAAGAAUAACCUUGCUGAACGUUCUAGAAGUAUAAUAUAAUAAACUGCUUCCAGUCGGCAGCACUGUAAAAAUUAGAAGAGUGUGCACAAUGAAUAUAUUUAUUUAUUUAUGGGUCACCUUUCAACCUGAAGGCCUUUAAAGCAGCUUACAAUGUAACAAGAUAAAAAACACAAGUACAUGCUUGUUUCUGGUGAAACUGCAACUACCACCAGUUCUGAGACUCUAAGCCAGGACUACAUGUUAAAGCCAAACAGUAGAAUUAUAGGCAACAGCACACAGGAUUAAAACAAACAAUUGUUAAAACCUUGUUUAAACGCCCUAGAGUCAAUUAGGAGAAACAACACAUGUUCCACACACACACACAUACACACACACCACAAACACACAAUGGAGUAUGACAAUAAAAGAUCCUUUUAUUAUAAAAAUCUAUACAAUGAAAUGCCAGACAUAGCAAUCAUUUAUAUCUGGUUUAUUUAUAUAUAUAUUUAUAUAUCUAUAUAUCCACAUAUAGUUUUUACUUAUACCAAAGUAAAACUAUGUUAUAUCACAAAAUGCCUAACACUACCAUUUAUUGCUCAAUAAGAUGGCACAACACACACUCUUAGCAUAACUGAUGCCAUGCUAGCUACGAUACUGAACAAACAGCCAAACACUGCAUAACACACAAAAGCAGCUGUUAAUUCUGAAGUGGAACCAGUCUGAUCACUCACUUUAUAAAAAUAUUGGAAUCAUAUAGAUUUAAGCAUUAUAAAGGAGGAAUAUAUUAUUUAAAACAUUUAAAUAGUGCAUAUUGACAUUUUGCAUGUGGUAUAUAAAACAUUCAUGUACAACACUGUACAGUACACAUAAGUUUCAAUGUUUGGGUGCACCUGUGUCUGCAGAUUGAUAGAAAACAAAGUGAAGUGUACAUUGCACAAUGGAGCUGAAUAAAAGCCACAGAUGAUCUCCAGAUUAAUUUCCAAACUUGUAAUUCACUACUAAAAAAACCCCUUCUAGCUGUAUAAAAAGGCAAAGCAUUUGAAUAUAAUCUCAUUUCAGUGCUCUUGGGUUCCAAAAUUACAUGCCUAUAAUCACAGUAAAAAUAGAGACACAUAGCAAACAGGCAAGUAUGGAGUAUUGAAAAUCUACUUUCUAUCUAUUCCAUGUUAACACACUGACCUGAUGAAUUACAUGCUAGCCACUUAUUUCACAGACAUUCAUUUUUUGGUCUUUCAAAAAGCAAUGAGAAUCAAUAUCUGUGUUGACAUUAGCUGUUCAUAACACAUGCAGCAAAUAGGCACAUACGAAAACAUGGCCACAGUACAAAAGAUAUCAAAAAUGUGCCAAUUUCAACAUUUAGGGCUCAGUCCAGUUGUGCCACAGAUGCAGCACCCACAUGCAAAGAAAUCCCACGACACUGCCCUGUUCCUCCCCGUUCAGUGUGCACACCCUGGCACUCAAUUCAUCAAACCAUUUUUAAGGGCCUGAGGUACAGUGUCUGCACACAUGCCAUAAAGACAGGUGGUAAAACGGUGUCUCUGACCUUGGAUAAUCUCUCUAUGUGCAGACUGUAUGUCCACAGUAGGCUUGGAUAGAGCCUUUCAGACUGCAGAUUUAAGUGGGGCGGGGAAGGGAUUGAGAAGAACCAUUAAAGGCUACUGUCAUCUAUACUAGGCAAAAUAAACAUCACAAAAAUGUUUCAAUUCUGAAGCUUCAUCAUGCAAUAACCAUAUGAUAUCUGCUUAUUGCCACAAACAAAUCACUUUUCCUUCCAUUUUUACAACAGUGACAUAGCAGAGAGGCUUUUCUCAAACUGUGUGUCUAAUCCAUCACACUAAUGAUUUUAUUUUAGCCCUUGGUAAGAUAUGCUUAUUUCAGAUACAACAGAGCUGAGCACAGACACUCUCCCAUACAAAGGUAAGAUGCAAUAUCCAUUUGAGAUCACACACUAAAUCACCGUCAGCUGAUAAAUUGAUAAAUUAACAGUAAUGCAAGUCUUGUAGGCAAUAUGUGAUAUAAAUGUUCAGGUUUUUCCAAGUUUUAAAAAUACAACAAGCAAGGUCACUUUCUGGUUUGUCCAUUGUAAUCUGAAACUGAAGACCAAGGAGCUUUAAGUUGCAAAUAUCUACAGACCAUAAACCAUUCUAUCGUAUGAAAAAUGUCAUUUGAAAUCAAACAGAGUUAUUCCGCAGCGGUCCUCUGAAAGGCAUUUCAGUUCAGUUUGGUGUUGAAAAACACAGUUGUGUUCUUAAAUUUGCUGCCAUUGUUCCCCAGCAUAAAAAGGCAAAAGAGGGAGUUCAGUACAACACUAACAAAUGCAGAUGAAACGAAGUUAGAAGGUCCAAAGUUUCUGAAUGGUUCUAGUUCUAUAGUCUUUUGGGAGGAAGUUGCAUUUUUAAUUAAAAGAAACAAGGAAAAUGUUUUCUAAAGUUGGACAGAGCAGUCGUAAUUUUUUAAAGUUUUUUGUUAGCUUUCUAGAUAGGACCUACUUGCCUUUCAAAUGUGGCACCAUAAAAUGUACAAAAAACUGCAUUCUUUCAACAGCGCAAGACAAAAGUGAACACCUAACAGUACUAUGGACAUCAUAAGAAAACAACCUUUCACUAUUAUGAAGAAACUUAAUUUAUUUUGAAGAAUCUUGUUUGCUGAUAAGGACUUCAAGAAGCCGCAGUUUGGCUUUAACUUUCUUGUACUCUCUGUACUCAUCAAGCAUGGGAGCACGAUCUUCUUUCUGAACAUUUCUGGAAAAAUAAAGCCAAUGCAACAUUUAACAAUUCUGACCAAUUUUGUUGGUUUGAAAUAGAUUGGGGAUGCAUGCAGGCUAGAGGUGUUUCAUGUUAUACUGGUGAACUGGAGGUGGUGCAUCUGUCAUCCUUGACCCUGUGCUUCAUUCUAAGCAUUUUUAGGCAAAAGCUUGUAUUUUCUGAAGUAAGUACAAACAUCAAUUCAUGGAAGGAACCUAGUAAUCAGAGAUAUAUUGCUUCUAAACAUGGAGGUUACAUUUCUAUCAAAUAAUAGCAUGUGAUAACAAUUUAAAGGAGUAACAAGAAAAGGAAAUACAUCUGCAGCACUCUACUCAUAACAGUGAGUACUUCAUUUUAUCUGUUCUCAUAAGGUUUUACAAAUUGUCUAUAAAAAGUUAACUUUGUGGGUUGUUUUUUUAAAAAAGGUUAAAAACCCAUUUAAAUGAGUAAGAGUAGCCAAGCCCACAUGUUCACAUUCCACCCAAAUCAGUGCAAAAAUGUCAUAGGGUGGAAUUCAAACUAGUGCUAAUGAAAUUGCAUUGUAAGCACAAACAUUUCUGCUUGCCUAAUCGAACUGUCUCCUCUGUUUGCAUGCUGUUCUGGGGCUUCUUUCAAUCUCCCCAGAGAUUGGCGGGGGGGGGGGGAUAUAUUGUGCUGUCCCCUACUAGUAUAGGUAUUUAGUUGAAUCCAGUACAUAACGUUUAACAAGGCUGCAUUGACAUCAUAGCAAAGUUGAGAGAUGCAGUUGACAGUAAUACUGAAGUUCUAUUAUGCUACAUUUCUCAGUAUCUUUAUGGAAUGUAAUGACUUAUUUGAUUGGCAAGCAUUAUGUGUAAUGAAUCUGAAGCCCCCCUCCAGCUUCUUUCACAGAACCUAUUUCUUGCUGAACUGAGGUAAAAAUGGCUAGAAUCCAAUGGGAAACAUGUACUAAACUUUAUAAUUUAUUUUAAUUGGCUAUAUUUAUACAAAUAUUCAUUGAAACCAAAUAGUGUGGCUGAUGAUCCUACUAAAAUAGAUGAACAUUGGAGGCCACAUUUGCAAAAUCCAAUCAAGGGACCCACUGUUGCAAGUAAACAUAGAAGCUAUGUGUUUCCAAACCUAGAAGCUAUGGCUUCCAAACAAGCCAGGGUAUAAAUCUAUGGUUUAAAGUUGGUUUAUGAAUCCUGGUUUGUUUGAAAGUCUUAAACCUGAGUUCCCACUUUGCACCUAGUGUAAAGCUAUAGUUAACGUUGAUUCCUUGUUUUCCCACUUGCACAAAGAGAGAAGGCAAGGGGGCUGCAUGCAAUUGCAUAAAGCAAGUGUAUCCUGGCUUAGUAAGAGUCAUGUGAACUGAGUCAGUGUUAGGUUGUCAUUUUCAACACUGUACAUUACUAGCAUAACUAAUGCCUUCAUCGACAAACACAAUUGCGUAUUUGUCUCAUCUUCAUUAUGAGUAAACUUCUGGGCCUACAAUCAUUGUAUAUUCAACUAACCUUCCAUUCUGCUGAUAAAACCCUUCUUCAAAUUC